CCCCCCCCCCCGGGCAUGUCCGCGCCGCUGGGCGCCGCCGGGCGCCGCCUGCCCCGCCGCUGAGCGCGGGCGCGGGGCGGCGCGCAUGGCCGGAGCGCCGCGGCGGUGACCCCCGCGCCGGCCCCGGCGGCCGCAGGCGCGACCAUGCGGAUACCACGGCUGCCGGGAAGCAGGUCGGGCUGCCCGGUAGGAAGCCACGCUUGGAUGUUAAUAGCCAUGUUUCAACUAGCCAUGGAUCUCACCGCCUGCGAGUCCGCGGCUGGAGGCCAGGGGCUGCGGCUCGCGCAGAGGCCGUCGCCCCGGCACAGGCUGCCCCGCGGCCCUUGGUGGAGCCCUAAAAGCGGCCAGGAGCUGCGGAUGCCCGGCCCCGCCUGGACCCCCGUCUCCGCGCAUCCCGACCGGCCGCACGGGCUCGUCCAGCGGUACCGGCCGCGGCGGCCGCCCCGCGCCGCGGAGCAGCCCCCGGGCCCCCCCGCCGGGCGCGCGGCCAGGGCCAGGCGGCACCUGCGAGGCGGCGCGUCCCGGCCCGGGGGCGGCAGGGCCACCGCCGUGCCCGAAGUCAUCGUGUGGGGCCCCACGGGCGAGGAGGACUCCCUGGAGACCAGCACGCUGCCCGGGCGCUUCGGCCCCGCCGCCGCCGCCGCCACCACCGCGGCCGCCUGGCAAGCCGGGGCCACCGCGGGGGCCGCCCCCGCCACCGCCGCCCCGGCCACCGCCGCCCCGCCGCCCCGGCGGCCCCCCGCCACGCCGGUGCCGGCGGGGGACGCGCGCGGGAGCCACCCCGGCCGCGGGAGCACCACGGAGCCCUACGGCGGCAGCGGCAAGGAGGCGCGCCCGCCCCGCGUCCUGGGGGACACCUCAGGUCUGGCGGUUCAUCAGAUAAUCACUAUUACAGUGUCCCUCAUCAUGGUCAUAGCGGCUCUGAUAACAACUCUUGUCUUAAAGAAUUGUUGUGUGCAGAGCGGGAACACGAGGCGUAACAGCCACCAACGCAAAAUCAAUCAGCAGGAGGAGAGCUGCCAGAACCUGACGGACUUCACGCCCGCCCGGGUGCCCAGCAGCCUGGACAUAUUCACCGCCUACAACGAAACGCUGCAGUGCUCCCACGAGUGCGUCAGGACCCCGGUGCCUGUGUACACGGAGGAGGCGUUGCACUCGCCCGGAGACUAUAAAACCACUUUCAAUGGAAACAGACCCUCUUCUUCUGAUCGGCAUCUUAUUCCUGUGGCCUUUGUGUCUGAGAAAUGGUUUGAAAUCUCCUGCUGACUGGCCGAAGCCUGUUUUCCACCCGGGGGCAGGGCAGACGCCACGUGGCUGUUUCCUGGAUUCCAUUGGUGAACCUGUAAAAAACAAUAAUACUGGGUUACCUAUACCUACCAUUUCUGUCUACCAGUAGGAGACUCAGAGAGCAGCGUCCUAUGGGCCAAAUAUAUUUUUAUAGAAAUGAACACGCCUAUAGGUAACUGCAUUCUUCAAAGAGCGCAUAUUUUGGAGAAGAGAAAAAAUGUGCAAGCAAAGAAUCCUGUGAAGGAGGAGGAAUCGGAGAAGAAGAAGAGGAGGGAGAAGAGACUGGACGUCUGGAGCUCGGGAUACGGACUCUGAAUUUGAACCUGUGCCAAUAAUACCGUUAUGUGCCAUGUACUGAUGCAAAAGACUUCGCGCGAAGCUGAAGCUAAGUCGCUAACACAUAGAAACGUUGUAGAGACGGGGUGGGGUGGCAUCUCUUCCGACAGAGUCGUUCGUUCUGGCCAAUAUACAUACAUAUUAUAGAGAGAGAGAAAAUAUAUAUACACACACAAACACUUUUUGUACUGUAGCAAUUUUUGAAGAUCUUAAAUACUCAUUUUUAAAGAAAAUGUCAUGGGCUAAAAAUCUAAUUUCUUUAACAUGCGUAAUAUGAACUAGGUGAACUGAUGUUUUCUACUUUGGCAGCUUGCCUUUCAAACCUAUAUGUGUAUAUAUAGAUAGACAUAUAUACAUAUAUAUAUGUGUGUGUGUAUGUAUAGACAUAUAUAUGUAUGUAUACAUUAUAUAUAUAUAUAUUUUUUGGAAAUAGAUUUCCCCUAGCGGAUGCUGGGCCGUAGCCACGGAGCGGCGGGGACCCCCUGGGCCGGCGGCGGGGCCGGCGCUCGGCCCGGCUCCCCUCCGGCACCCGGCGCGCGGAGGAGGGCAGCGGCGCGGGCGGCCGCUCGCUCGCGAGCGUCCUGGUUCUCCCGGCUCCGAAAGGACGGGCAGCGGUUUUGGAGGCUGGUCUGAAGCGUGAGCAGGGUGGAGGCGUGUUUGGAACGUAGCUAAAAAUACGCGUCUGGGCCACAUUCACAAAGUGCAUUCCUACCAUACAGAAAUCACAGAAACAGCCCAAUUCAACCCCAGAGGCGACGAGCGGGGAGGGAAGCCGUGAGCUCCGGGCGCUCCCGGGUCCUGCUGUGCCGCUCGCGCAUGGGCACUCGCAGCUCUGUCGGUGCUCCCCAAGUCGGGUUCCCGGGCGUCCCGGCUGCGCGGAGCGACUCCUGCUCCGUGCGGACCUGUGUCCUCGGGAAGCGACCGACGGCCUUCUCACGCGGCUUUGUUCCCAGAGUGCAACAAAUAGGGGCUUCCCUUCCCAGAAACAGCCACUGUGGCUGCACCGAGGCGGCGCGCACCGCUGCACCGUGCCGUCGCGGGCGGACGCCGUCGCUGCGCCCGAGACCCGCGCCGAGGGUCCCCGUCUCCCGCGGCCAGGUAGGGGCUGCCGGGGCGGGGGUGAGCUUUGGCCACGAGGUUCUGAGCCCUUUUUGGACCGCUGUGUUGCUCGGUGGGUGGAAGGAGAUCCUGAGAAGCCGUUUCUUCCCGUUGCUUUAGGGAGCGCUGAUGCUCCUCGUGUUUCCGUGUCGUGCCCAGGGCUGGCCGGCACCGGCGGCGAGCGGCGGUAAGCGUUGCUCGGGCCGCGCAGGACUUCCCAGGGCUGAUUCGACGCCGGCGCGUCUCCCCGGCCUCCGUCCCGCCUCGCCCAGGGAAGCUCCCGAGCGGCGCUGGCCUCCGUCGCGCCGUGCCGCGGCGGCCGGCGUGCGCGCGGUGGAGGCAACCUCAGCUCGCUCGCCGAAGAGCCGCCGGCUGCUCGGGUGGGUGAAACCAGCGUCCAGAAGCGUCCGUGCCGCUUUGAAGCGUUGCCCCGUGACCGCCGGAGGUGGGUUUUUGGGUACGUUCCAGGGAUGGGCUUCUGUUGGCAGCAGCUUUGCUCAGAGACGCGUUGCAGGAGUUAGAUGCGGGUCUUUCCCUGGAAGAGGAAUUCUGGAUGUGAGCGCGUGGAUCCGCUAGGAAAGCUUCCUCCGGCUGUCCGAAGCAGGGAGGGGGCCAGGCCGGUCCCCUGCGCCGCGGCCCAAGGCCGGCGCGGUGCCCGGGAGCCUUUCCCUUUGCCCCGGCGCUCUUGGCCAGGCUCUCGACUGGCACGAAAACGUCCUGCGCGCCGUCCGCGGUUACUGGGAGCGUUGAGUAGCAUUAGGAAAGGAAUCGCAGGUUUCGUGCGCUGGGCAGAGGUGGAGGUUCCCGGGCCGCUGGUGAGGUCUCCGCCGGAAGACGACUGAAACGCGACGUUUUCCCGGGAAGCGUGCCCUGGCUGCUGCAGACGCCGUCCGUCGCUCCGGUCGCCUGGGGUCCAGCCACGGUUGGCAUCUGCUGCUUCGAGCGCGUCCCACUCCAAGCCUGGCUUUCCCUGAGCGGGUCGUGCCAAGACACAAGUUGGCGGAAAGAUUUCGGGGAUUUUUCUUCUCUCGGAAGUCACCUCGUACCUAAAGGAGGGCAUCUCCCCCCCCCCCGAAAUGAUAAUAUAGCUAUACGACAACUAUGAUUUCGCAGCUUCCUUGUUGUUUUAGUUGAAGCGUCCAGACUGCUUGGUUUAUGUGACGUAGCGUCACAGAAUCUGCUCAGUGUCAGAUAACGCAAAGUUUUUCUGUUACGUUGCUUCAAAGCUCCCUGAGCGGAAAAGACAGGAGAAUUGAGACCAAAGUCUUCGAGUUGUUUUUGUAAACUGCCCUUCAUAAAUGUUAAUAUUCUGUUGAAGUUAUUCAGAUAUGCAUUUCUACUAAUCCACUAAUUAUUCAGCUCCAUUUCCUUAUCAGAAUGAAUGUGCAAUUAAAAAAACAGUAGAAACUUCUGGUAUUAUACAGUCACUUGUUUCCGUAUUAUUUCCUGUCCUUUUCUGGUGGAACCUAGUUUUUGGAAGAUGUCCUCCGAAGAAAUCUUCCUCGCUAGAGCCGGUUGUUGCCUAUGGAUUUGAACCAGGCAUCUUUGGAGGCGUUGGCAGCCGUGUCCGAGACUUUGACGAAGUCUGAAUGACGUUUCGAGUCCUUUCUGCGCGGGGCCGGCAGGUUCCUGUCGGAUGCAGCCGGUUUUGUUGCGCGGCAGAACUCGCGGCCUGCGGCAGGGCGACGGCAGAGCUGCGCGGCCCGGGGCCGGGCUCUCCCGGCCGCGUCCGCGUGCCCGAGCCCGCGUCCGUCCUGCCCGCGCUGCUGGCGCGCGGAGGUUUCACGUGCUCGGCAGAGCCGCUUCGCGCCGCAGCAGCGUGCUUCCAAAAUGCUCCAUUAAAGGCGUAACGUACCACCUUGUUUUGAUUACUAAUUAAUUCUGCUAAUCAGCGUUAUUAUUAUUAUUAUAAUUUGGACGUGCGUAGUGCUGAUUCCACCCUCGCUUCCGCCGGGAGAAGCCUGGGUAACGCCGGUGCGGUGAGCAGAGUGGAGCAGGGCUGGAGGAGGCGGGAGUUGGCGGCCCCCCAGACCCCCCGCGCGUCCCGGCCCGGGUGCCCGUUCCUCCGCGCGCAGGGACAUCGCGCUAACGUCCCCCUUCCCGCGGGCCAUGCACCGAGGGCGCGUGUCCCGGGGCCCGGAGCACCGCCAGCAACACCCCGGGACGCGAGCCCCUGCUUGGGCAAGCCCCUAACCCAAAGCCUGCGCGAGCGGUGCGGUUUCUGGGUGACCACGUCAGUGCAGUCCCUCGGUUCAGCGCGGCUUCUGGGUGACCACGUCGGUGCAAUCCCUCGGUUCAGCGCGGCUUCUGGGUGACCACGUCGGUGCAAUCCCUCGGUUCAACGUGGUUUCUGGGUGACCACGUCUGUGCAGUCCCUCGGUUCAGCGCGGUUGCUGGGUGACCACGUCGGUGCAAUCCCUCGGUUCAGCGCGGUUGCUGGGUGACCACGUCGGUGCAAUCCCUCGGUUCAGCAUAUUGGGGCUUUUGUGUUUGACCUGUGUAAACGGUGCAGCCCACGCGAUGACUGGUGUUUGCUCCCCCGGUAGUUGAAUUUUCCCUCUCCGUUUCGCACCUCUUGCCUCGGCCCCCUUCCAAUGUGGAAUCGUGUGCUGUGCUUUUCCCACGGAUCUUUCUGUUCCUUUGUAUCUGCCGGCGGCACCGAGUAGUUCUCGUGGGUAUUCCAGUGUAAUCUCGAUAGCGAUUUAACAUCAUAAAAUACAUCUCAGCUCCCUCGUUCCCGGCUGUCUGAAGCGUUGUUCUGCGUCUCUGCGUCCGCGGAGCCCGCUGGCGCGUUGGGACCGAGACGCGGCGCGGCGCGGGGGGCGAAGGCGGACGGGGGAGGCCCCGCGCCGCGCGUUGAUCCGCCGGCGGGGAGGCCCCGGGGAGGCCGGGCAGCGGAGAGGAGAUGGGGGGGGGGUGCGCGCGUUUGGGAGGAGGCAGUCGAGUACCUUUGGCCUCGGACGGCUCGAGCGGACCUCGGACGGCAGGAAUUACGUGAGCUUUGCGCGCAAUCCGCCAAAGGACGCACGCACGCGGGCGCCGAGCGACUGGCCGGCGCCGAAGUGGAGCAGACGUACAUGCACAAUCUUCCCUCGGUUGUGAGGACCAACAGCACUUGCACUUUAUCGGAGGAGCCCCCGCGUCCCUGCGCGCGCCAAGCGCAGCGGAGAGAGGAGCCGCUGCCGGCGGGGAGGCACGGAGACGGACGAACCGGAGCUCCAGGUACGGAUCGACAAGGCAGGACUGCAGCAUCCCAGUGUAUCUUACGGUAAAUAAAAGUGAACUGUGUUUCCUUCAUUCCCCGCUAUUGAUGGAAGCCAGAAAUCCAGAAGUACGGAGUCACAUUUUAGUGCGGCAGAUCUAUCCGGCACUGGGGGAAACGAGCAGCCGUGAAUCUGCAGGCACGUCCUCCCGUCUAGGUUUGCCGCGUUCCUGCCCUCGGAGGUCUUUGGGGUGUAGCAGCAACAGGCGGUCGCGCUGAGCGGGCUGUUCUGCUCGGGCUGCCUGAUCCGCGCAGAGGCCACGCGCCGCUGCAAGGUCCCGCGGCGGAGUUGGGGGUCGGCGUUUGUGCGAACAGGGGAACACGCAAAAAGGCACCGUAUGGAAUCGAGAGGCUCAAGGGCCCUCGCGCAGUUGUGCUGCCACCGCAACAGGGCUGCGCGUGCUCUUGGGUUCCCGUUCGGGGUUUUAUAUGCAAAAGCUGGAGCUUCCCGCUGCGAGACGGCUUGCGGCGUGCCGGCUGCGGGGGCCGCGGCACCCGGGCAGGGGCCCGGCACGGACGUGGCAGCCGGGGUCAGGCACAGGCUUCCAGAACUGCCCUCCGAGCAGGCCAUCUCCUUCAAACCGGAGGCUUCUUCCCGAUCCGUUCUGGAUCCCGCGUCCGCCGCCGUGCCCCGCGCGCCGUCUCGCUCGUGGCUCCCGGCAGGGCGGGCGGCUCGGGAAGGGCCCUCGCCGCGCUGCCCUGCCGCCAAAGGGGCUCCGGAGCUCCCGGGGCGAGCGGCCGCGCCGCGGGGCCCAACUGCGCUCUGCUUCCCGCGGGCGGCCGGCGGGAUCCCCUGCUUUCACCCCGGAGUUCCUGCGAGCCGGGAAUGCCCGGAGGCAGGACGUGCCCGGAGCGUCGCUGCGGAGGCGGCAGGCUUUGCGGGGGGCGAGUGCCCCCCCCAGCAGAGCCGGGAUGUCCGGCCGCCGCUCCAAGCCGGGAAUUCCCAGCAGCAACCCUGAAAAUGGGCGUAAGGGCAGAAAGGGUGUCGCAGCGAUGGAUUUCAGGUUACCUCUUCUCCAUCGGCAGCUCGUUGGGAAAGACGGUAAUUCAGCCAGAGUGGUAGUUAAAUAGUAGAUAUUCUACACAUAUUAUAUAUUUUGUAAAAAAAAACAAAAAAAACAGAAUAAAAAUGCCUAUCUAAUACUUCAGCCCGCCCGUUUCCGGAUGACCGCGGUUGGAGUUUUCGUUGAACCGAGUGUGAAACCUGUAGGUGAUUUUGGAAACCAGCGAGCAGUCCCUCGCCGUCACCGCCGCACGGGUCCAGCCCGGCUCCGGCUCCAGCUCCGGCUCCCCGCGGCGCUCGUCCCGGGGAACGCGCCCGGGAAUCACUCCCGGCGUUCGUAGGCACGUUUGUAAUAGUGUCACGAGUGGAGAUACUACUUGCUGUGAGAACAAGUGUGUGUUGCACAAGCCGUACGCUACAGGCACAGAUUUCUGACCCAGAUCCUUCUGUUUUAGGUUCGGGGGGCGGGGGGGGGGUUAUUUUUUGUUGCUAGGACAUGUACAGUGAAGUUUACGAUUUAUUUUUAUUUUGCCAAAAAGCAUUUUCUAACAUACGACGGCUUUUCCUUUGUGCCCGGUGUUGCACCGCCGCGUGCUCCUUCGCUUCCCUGGGAGAAGCCUGUCCGGCGGCGCGGCCGGGUGUGCGUUCGUGUGUGCACCGCCGUGCGCUGGCGCGUGCCCGCGCAGCUGUACUUUGCGCACAAGCGCACGCAGGUGCUGCCGACGCGUGCGCGCAGGCAGCGAGCGGACGGCGGACGCGGGAGUCUCCGAGAGGCGGGAUGGCUGCAGCGCUUCGGCAUCGCCCCGUCCGCCCGCCCGCCCGCCACGGCGUCGCACACCCGCCGGCACGGAGAGGCCGCGGGGGCCGGCUGGCUGCGGGUCCCUACAGGCGAACUCUUCUACUCCAGAGUGGUUUUAAUUUGUCUCUGUACUUUGAAGCUGUGUCUUUGGAAAGCACUGUAAAUGCGACCCCGUACCGGUUUCCCUGUGUAUAUUUAGUACUCUGAUGUUGCUAUUAAAACAAUAUGAGAACAACAAAAA